GCUGAUUUUGAAUUGGCUUCGGCCCAUAUUCAGCCUCAUUGCCCGGUUGCCAAGCGAAACCUAGGAGGCAAGCGCCAGAGUGCAGAAAUUUCUGCUCUUGAGGUUGACACUGGUGAUGUUGACAUUGGCGUCCAUCUUCGCUUCCACACCCUACCAGAGUACCAGAAACUUGAAAACGACGAGAGAAAGGAACUUGCGGAGUGGCGACUGACUCCAGCUGGCAAAGCAGCCCCAGCCGCAGGCAUCCUGCUAAGAGAUAGCAAGAAGCAGAGUGGAAAGGGAUCCCCGAAGAAAGGGAAGAAAAGCUAUGCCAAAGUGUCAGCUGCGUUGGUCAAGAAGCAAGUUGCUAAGGCCCUCAAAGCGAGUAAAGAAAAGGACAAGAAGACAUCUGAGCAAGUGAAGAAGGAUGCACUGCUAGCGUCACUCCUUGCUGAUGCUUCUAACGAUCCUGCAAUGCAAGCCAAAUACAACAUCGGAGCAAUCCAUGCUGAUGAGGUUCAAGAAGACGCCAAACCAUCCGCUCGUGCAUCCAUCGUCGUUGAGAGUCAGAAGAAGCGCAGUACCGCUUUUUACCCCAACGGGAUUGCAAGCAUUAUGGAAAAGGGGCACAAUUCUGACAAGGAUUGA